CGGAGCUCUGACAGACCACAACUAUUUCUCCAGCUAAAAUUCUUGUGUGUCCGGAGUCUGCAUACAGCCUUUGAUACCGCGGAGUUAGCUGCCUUUUUGUAACAUUUCUGAGACAUUUCUCCGUCCAACAAUACGAAAGGGAUGCUUCACCGUCACCGGCCGCGUACAGAGGCAGAGGAGGACCAGCGGUGACAACUUUAUGUCCCAAUUCACUCUCUUCCCAGGAGUAUAUUUCUCUUUUUUUUUUCUUCUUCUUCUUUCGGCUUAAAGAAGAAGACGCUGUGUUCUGUGUCCUCCAGUAAUGUCGGGCCGCUCUUAAUAACACACACUUUUCUGUCUCCAUGCGGGAGAGGAAAUAUUUCGGAGUGAUUUUAUUUUUUGCUACUUUUGUUCCACGAAGGAUUCUCUUCGCCCAGCGGUCUCUGCGGCUGCUACUGGAUAUACGAGGACUUUUUUGCGCAGUAAUUUGCUGUAAAUGGAUCGCCAGUGCAGUUUAAUUUCCAUUUGGCUACAACUGGAACUCUGUGCCAUGGCUGUUCUUCUUACUAAAGGAGAAAUAAGGUGUUACUGUGACGCGCCACACUGCGUGGCCACCGGAUACAUGUGCAAGUCCGAACUGAACGCCUGCUUCACCAAGGUGCUGGAUCCGCUCAUUGUACACUCUCCCGUCACCCAUGGGUGUUUAGACCCCAUUGUCAAUGCGACGGACAUCUGCAGCAGCUCCAGGGGCGCGGAUGUGCUCAGUGGGGCCUCGACGCUGGAGUGUUGCCACGACGACAUGUGCAACUACAAAGGCCUGCACGAUUUGGCGCACACCAGAGACUCAACAGAUCACAGCCGGUACCAGCCAGACAGGAACCUGGUGACCCGGGUUCAGGAGCUUUCCUCGGCCAAGGAGGUGUGGUUCCGGGCGGCGGUGAUCGCCGUGCCCAUCGCCGGCGGCCUCAUCCUGGUGCUGCUCAUCAUGCUGGCGCUGCGAAUGCUGCGCAGCGAGAACAAGCGGCUGCAGGACCAGCGGCAACAGAUGCUGUCGCGGCUACACUACAGCUUCCACGGCCACCACACCAAGAAGGGCCACGUGGCCAAGCUGGACCUGGAGUGCAUGGUGCCCGUCACGGGCCACGAGAACUGCUGUCUGACCUGCGACAAGCUGAGGCAGGCCGACCUGGGCAACGAUAAGAUCCUGUCUCUGGUGCACUGGGGGAUGUACAGCGGCCACGGCAAGCUCGAGUUUGUAUGAUUUCUGCCGGGGAACUAUGUGACUGUCGCCUCCCCACAAACAGCCAGGACGGCCUCUUACUCGUUGGCUUGUUGGCUCCUGCUAUUUUUUUUUUUAUUAUUUAAAAAAACAUUCCAAUGUUUUUCGUCCAUUGGGCUGUGUGGGUUUGUGUUUUUUAGUUCUUUUUCAACCAGAGGCAAAAAAAAAAAAAAAAAAAAUACCAGACUGGUCUCAUGCCGUGUGGUUUUUGCUAGAGCACUUUACUUGAAAAUGAAAGGCGAAGCAAAGAGGAGCUGUAUUUAAACUUGAGAGGGCAGGACUGAGGUGGAGUGAGAGCUCUGUGACUGCUCCUAAAGGAUCCUGGACUUUCACACUGUGUGCUGAAGGAUUCCAAAUCUGUCUUAUUUGCACAUUUGUAAAAAAAAAAAAAAAAAUGUUGUCGUUGCUUAUAACAAGAAUUUUACACUGACACCUUAUUUGAGGAGUAAAAAAAUUCAGUGUUUGACUGUAGGUGUGCACACUCCUCCUGUGUACGUUUCAUGAUUCAAGCUUAUUGUAAAGAUUAGAUAUAAAUAAAAGAAAUACAUAUGUAUGUAUUUCUUUUUUUGUCUGAUAAAACUGACCAGUGUGUGUCUUGUUCUGGGUAAAUGUCCAACAUUUCUCUCUGUGAUCAGAGUAUAAGCUUGAUUGUGAGUGUGAAAGAAAAACUUCCAUUAAAAUGACUUUUUUAUUUA